CGACAAGUUCGCAACUGUCAAAUCUGUCAUUUUUGGAAUAGGAUUCGUGUUGGGAGCAUCUUUUCGUAGUUUUUUCCUUUCAAAUGAAGUUUUAUCUUUUUAGUGGCUGAUAAUUCUCAUUAAAUAAUGACAAUUAUCGUAUUUCUAAUCGAUACUUCUGCCUCCAUGUUUCAAAGGACAUACAUUGGAGGCAGAACUACCAUGUUAGAUGUGGCCAAAAACGCUGUGGAAACAUUUGUUAAGAUUCGACAAAGAAGUAUAGACAGCAGAAUAGAUCGGUACAUGCUGUUAACAUUUGAAGAGACACCAAAUAAUAUUAAAGCAGGAUGGAAGGAGAACUUGGCCACAUUUAUGAAUGAAUUAAAAAAUUUACAGUGCAAUUCUAUGACAACCAUGGGUGUUGCGGUGAAGCAAGCCUUUGAUAUUUUAAAUAUUAAUCGAAUGACUUCUGGUAUUGAUACUUAUGGACAGGGAAGGUGUCCUUUUUAUCUAGAAACUUCUGUUAUUGUUUUAAUUACUGAUGGAGGGAAAUUAACUACAAUAAAUGGGGUCCAAGAAGAAUUUAAUUUGCCCAUGCAUUCUCCAAUACCUGGGUCUGAAAUGACAAGGGAACCGUUUAGGUGGGACCAAAGGCUUUUUGCUUUAGUAUUAAGACUUGCUGGCACCCCUGCUGCUGAAAGAGACAGUGGUUUGGUACCAAGUGAUAGUUCACCUAUUGAUGCUAUGUGUGAAGUAACAGGUGGAAGAUCCUAUUGCAUAACAUCCCACAGAAUGUUAAACCAAUGCAUAGACAGUUUGGUACAGAAGGUUCAAAACGGUGUAGUGAUAAACUUUGAAAAGAUCGGGCCGGAUCCUCCGCCCGCCGACAAAGACGAGAAGGAAGACGGAAAUUCGCGAGACGGCGACGAAAUGGCCACUGCGCCACCUCUCAACACUUCUUGGCAUAACUGCCGGAAAAUGAUAUAUGUGCCUAAAGGCGGCAAAGCAUAUACGUUUGGUUUUUGGCCUAUUCCCGAAUCGUUUUGGCCGGAAAUAACCGCGUCGGCGCUUCCACCAAGAACUGCACAUCCGAACGUGAAAUUCGCUUGUUCCAACGCAGAACCGAUGGUCAUAGAAAAUUUACCGUUUGAUAAAUACGAAUUGGAACCUUCGCCAUUAACGCAGUACAUUUUAUCUCGAAAACAGCCUAAAACUUGCUGGCAGGUAUUUGUGGCAAACAGUUAUAAAAAUUCCGAAGUAGGACAUCCUUUUGGUUACCUAAAAGCAUCAACAAACCUAAACUGCGUCAAUUUAUUCGUUAUGCCUUACAAUUACCCUGUUUUACUACCGUUACUCGAAGAAUUAUUUAAGAUCCACAGGUUAAAACCUAGCAACGAGUGGCGCACGCAGUUCCAAAACUACCUGCGCACACUGCCAGCCUACUACGCGGCUCCGCUGCGCAGAGCACUCACGCGCAUGGGUACACCUGUUGCCUUGGCAACCACUUUAAUCUCGGAGAGUAGCGAGAAUUGCCUCAGCUAUUCAGUGAAUAACUAUUUGAAAAGACUUAAAAAUCAAGCCAAGGUCGAGUACGAUAAGCUGUGCAGCGAGAUUAUACAACGACAAAGUAACGCAAAUGGUUUAAAGACAAACUUUAACAACCCAGAGCAAAUUAGGGUACUGCCUCGAGUUACUGUUAAAAAAGAAUUAAUAACCCAUCCACUGUUGACUGAUAAAUUUAAGGAUCAAAUCCAGGAACCGCCAAACGUAUUUGUCAGCACCCUUGACAAGGAAAGGGUGUCUGUAAGCUUUAAAAAUCCAUUUGAUAUUCCUAGACACAGACUUAUACAACAGGUUGUUAGAAUGCGUAAUAAUUUCCUGCAACCCGAUUGGAUAUCUCUGGACCAAGAUGCCGCCCAUUCGUUGCCCAUAUCCCAAAUGGGCAACUACCAAGAUUAUCUUAAAAAACAAACUCCCCAACUGAGAGAAAUCGAGUCUGCACCGGUUAGGCAACACAUGUUUGGAAAUCCGUUUAAGAUCGACAAACGAAUGAUGGUUGAUGAAGCUGAUAUAGAUCUGGUGGGUUCUCCGGGCACCAAAACUAACAAUAAACGACCAAAUCAAAACCAAGAUGCGGCAAGACUGCCCUGCAAAAGGAAACCUGGUCCGUUGCCCAAGAAUUUCAGCAUUAAAAGGCCCAGUUUGGACGUAACGCCGCCUGCAAGUCCGAUAAUAUCGCCACAACCUUCUCCUAUACCAUGGUUGAACGCCAUUGAGCAAGACAUCCCGACGUUCGAGGCGGCCCCACCUAUAAUCGUGAACGGCGUGGACAGCCCGUGCUCGAGCGACCGGUCCCGAUCGCCCUCUCCAACGCUCGAGCUCCCCGUGUUCGUGGACGCCCCCCCGCCGCCCGCCGCCGCCCCGGCGGCACCUGCGGAGCCAGUCCAAGCGAUAAACAACCACUCUGCGUCCGUACCGCGCAGCUGCGCGAUCGCGCCGACUCCGCCCCCGCCGAUCCACAGCUACUCGAUCUCGAUCGCGGCCGAGGCCAACUCGACGGCGCCUGCGAACGUCGCGUACGCGUCGCCGGUGAUCGCAAACGACAAGGAUCGCGAGAUCUCGCAGAUUUUGCGCGAGACGAACCACCACGCGUUCGCCGUCGCGCACUCGAACGCUCUCACGAACAACAGUGUCGCCGCUAGUAACGUUGUCACGAACAAUAACAGCCAUCCUGCGGUUGCGGCGGCGAAGUCCCCGGUCAGCGAUAUUGUGGUCAAGGAGGAAGAGGCUGUGGAAAAUAACAUAGAAGAAAUAGUGGCAGAAAACUUCGAAAUUCGGAAAAACCUGAACAAAUUGGUGCGAAAACCGGGUAAAAACUUUGAAGAAUUGUUAGACCGUGUAAAAACGUUGAAAGGCGAUAGUGAUAUGCAAAUAAAAAUAAUAAAAAUGGUAAUCAAAGAGUCUCUUAGGUUUAAACGGCAAUAUUUAGCAACUGUGUUAGAGAAUCAUAUGAAAUCACUUAUGAAUGGUGCCCAUAAAUGAUUGGAAUUUCACUGCAGGGCAUACAAAUUUAAUUAAUUUUAUUGUUUUAAUGUUGCCCUGUAUUUCCUUGAUUUUAAAUUCUUAAUAUUAAGAAAAAAGUGUAAAUUGUUGUUUAAUUAUUAUUUCAAUUGUUUUUUUACCUCCUUGAAUUACUUAAGAUGUAAAUAGAGUAUUAAUUGAAACAUUUUUAAUUUUAUAAUGUUUUGUCAUCCCAUUUUUGUAAAUUUUUCACC